AUGACUGACUUAUCUAAGCUUCCGAGUCUGCUAUCCAUCGAAGUACUCGUCAGUCAUGUGCAGAUCGAUCUAAAUCUUCAGUGUCAUCUACCUUGUGUUGUCUUUCGCUUACUUGACUAUCCAGCAGUGUCGAUACCGUAUUUUGAUCAAUGGCAAAUCGAAGAAUUUCAUACGAUGAAAAGAGAGCAUCCGAAUGUUUCUUGGCGACAGUUGUUAUCUGAUCAGUUCUAUGAGCUUCGGUCAGCGAAUGGGAAAUUUGCUUUCAAACGUGGAAAAUCGUGUUUGUUUAAGACAUAUUUUAAAACAUUGUAUUCACAUUUACUCAAUGUUCCUCUUUUUCUCUUGUUAAUCGAUCAAAUCAACGCGAAUGAUACCAACAUGUCGCAUUUUAUUGGUAGUUGUAAUGUGAAAUUGAAUGAACUGAUAGAAAUCUUGAAUCAAUCCAUACAGAAAAAUGGAGCGGAUAUACCACUUGUUGAACAGCAAACAUUCCAUUGCACGCUUUUUAAUUUAAUGGGUACGAAAAUUGGAAUUUGUGAUAUUGCAGUGCGUUUCUGUCAUUAUGGUACAACCAUUUUGACACAACUGCCUAUACUCGAUGAAAAAUCGAUGGCAAAAGCUGAGGAAAAAGUACCUGUUAUGGCGAAAGAGCCGAUCGUUGGAUCUGUAUUUCCUCUACCCUCACUACCUUCGGAUACGAUUGUCAAACACAUUCAUUUUGUCAAUGAGAAAAAAGAUGUUGGUUUGCAAUUAUCUCGUAAUGAUCUUCCAGCAUCCAACAAUGAUAAAUCUAUUCAAACUCGUUGGACAAGUACGAAAACGCGCAUACAACGUGAUCAGCAAUCCAAAUGCCAUUAUACACGUACGAUUGAAGAGCCAUCAUUCGAUGAUCCAACAAUUGCUUUCUACCAACCACCAGCGUUAUAUUUCAAUUCGGACUCGGAUUUUCUUCAAAUGAAAGCACCUUCAAUGACGAAGAUAAUUACACAGGCAAAAGAAAGUCGUUUAUCGUAUCUAGCAUCGAUUCCCAUUGCGAGUUUCGAUGGUGAAACGAUCGUUGAUAAUAACGUUGAAAAUGAAUUGCAACCGCCGUCUAAACAAAAAUCAACAAAUGAUGUGCAGUUCAAUGUGUCUUCAAAGCCCAAACUACAGAUACUAACGAAAGAUUUUCUACACAAUUUCCCAUUACUUCGAGCUCUGGUGGAAGAAGCUUUGGCAUUGCAACAACAAAGUGAUCAGCGUGAUAUAUCGAUGUCCGUCGAGCACAUUUUAGCAAAUAGAAGACCACAAUCAGCUGUAGGACAAGGACAGAAGCUAUUGAAACCGACAGCGGUUCGACCGAAAUCUGCUCCUAAAUUACGUUCAAAAUCUGUCAUUAUACCAAGAAAUAUAAAUAACUUUCGACGAUUCAAUCCACCCCCUUCCAAACCAAAUCAGGUGAAAGUAACAAAAACUGAUGUGCGUAAUUUAGUCGAUCGUCUUACGAAAUCAAAUACAAAGAAAAAGGUUGAGCAGAGCAUUCCACCAACAGAUCAAACUGUACCGAUACAAGAACCUGUUGCUCGUAUUUCUCCACACCGUCCUAUGAAGCCUAGUAUCAUCUCGUCAACGAGUACUUUAGGAAAACCGCCGGUUUCAUACGCUACCACACGCGCACAUCGAUUGAUGGUUGAAUUUUCUCAAGCACGUCGGGCUGGUUUCCAACCCAAAGUAACCAGUUCACCUAAAUCUCAACUAACUCCCAAGUCGAAUACAAAUAUUCCCCCAUCCACGCCCCAGAUAGGAACUCCUACUCCGAUCCCACAUGAAUCUCUUCUAAAUAAAGUUGAUAUUAAUACGACGAGUGCGAGGAAGAGUGUUUCGCAAUUAUCCUCAAUAGGAAAAACGUCGGAACAUUUGAAUCAAACAUUGAAAUCUGUAUCAACAAUAAGUCAAGAGGCAACUUUAAAAAUGAAUCAAACAUUAUUGAAAACAAUCUCAUCCGAUAUCAAUUUGAAGACACCAGAACAAAAACAGGAAAACGAAGAAAGAAAAGAUGAUUUAGCUUUUUCAAUUACAGAUAUUACUGAUUAUUUCACCGAUGGAGGUGAAUCAAGUACUCAUCCGGUUGCUUAA